AUCAAAAAUUAAUGAAAAUUUGUAUUUUUUUUAGCUAAUUCCAGUUAGGCCAACUUGAAAAUACCUUAGAUAAACUUUAUAUACCACAAAUUUUGUUUCCCAAAGCUGUCAACCGAUCAAAAUGUUAUCGAAAGAAAGCAGCAUUCUUAUGGGCGUGGCAGUUAGGGCGUGUCUCUUUGCAUCUCCGAGCAUAGAAAAAUGGUUGAUUGACAGGCCCGAAGUUUCAACUCCCCAAUCAUCAUGGACUAGAUUGAAAGAAGGAAUGGCACUUCAUCAAUACAACAUAUCUUUGUAUGACGGGGACUCUUUCCACGAUACACCAUUGAUGCUCCACUUGUUUCUAAAUUUGAAGAAAUUUUCUCCACUGUUGUUUCCAAUCAUAUUUGUGCUUGCUGACGUUGUGGCUGCUUUGAGUCUAUUUUCUUUCACCAAACUCUACUCGGAGUAUGAGAUAUCAGAACAGCAGAAAAAUAAAUCAAAAUUUGCAAAAGAUUCCGACAAAAUAUUGAUCAAAGAAAGCAGAGCAGAGUGGAUUCCUGAUUUAAUCUGCAUGUUAUACAUGUUCAAUCCAUUCCUCAUUGCUUCCUGCAUCGCAAAAUCAACAACAGUUUUCAAUAAUUUAUUCGUCUGUCAACUUUUCUAUCACACUAUGAGAGGCAAUGCAGUACAAUCAACACUGUUCUUAGCUUUGACAACUUAUCAAACUUUUUAUCCCGUUCAGCUGCUGGCGCCUCUCAUCAUGCAUUUUCAUUUGAAAUCAACCUCGCCUCUCUAUGCAACGUCUAUGAAAAUUACUCUACUCUUCACUGUAUGGAGUUUGAUAUUGUUUGGAGCAUCUUGUAUCGAAUCAUGCGAUUCUGCUUUUGCUACUGUGAAAUUCAUACUCACUGUACCAGAUUUGACACCGAACGUCGGAGUGUUCUGGUAUUUUUUCACCGAAGUCUUCGAUCAUUUCCACACUUUCUUUCUCAGCGUUUUUCAACUCAAUGUCUUGAUAUUCAGUUUGCCUUUGACAAUCAAGCUAAGGUCUCGUCCAAUCUUCCUAAUGUUCAUGUUAUGCUACAUCAUCUCAACAUUUAAAUCAUAUCCUUCUGUAGCCGAUGCCGGAUUCUGUUUGUGUCUGAUGCCUGUUUGGUCUUAUACCUUCAACUAUCUUCGAUUUCCUCUCGUAACUUCAGUCAUUCUUCUAGUGAGCACAUUACUAUGUCCAAUUAUGUGGCAUCUAUGGAUCCACGCUGGAACUGCGAAUGCGAACUUUUAUUUUGCUACAACACUGGCCUACACAACUGCUCAUGUCUUCAUCAUGACAGACAUGCUGGUAGCUUAUCUCAAGUAUGACUUCCACCUGUGGGAAGGAGUUAAAAUCAAAAUUAAUGGGAAACCAGCUCAAAUACGGCUGAUGAAAUCAUAACUAAUUUUCCAACCAGUAUUCCGCACUAAUAGUCAAUGAAUGAGAUUUUGAAUGUUUCAGUCCUCACGCCAACCUGGCCAUUUUAUUAGCUUCACACUCCUAUGAGUCGAAUAUCGUUAUUCUCUUAAAUUUUCUAAUCGUCUUAAGAGUACAUCUGGAGAAGUAUAAUGGUUAACUAUUUCCUUACUGUGUCCGGCAACCAGACGAAAGGGUGCAGUUUGCAAUCUUACCGAGACUAGCAAUCAAACAGUAGGUUGUGGUUUGCUAUGACUUGCCUCAUAUUCUGGCAGUGCAGGCAUGCACAGGGAGCGAUAGAAUAUACUUUUACCCGAUCUAGUCAGGUAACUCAAGGAAUGUCUCAAAAAUGUGGUGCCUUGAUUGUAUAAAUCUCAUAUCAUUUGAAUACUUAAACCUUCUGCUAGUGGAAGUGGUUGUCACAAAUGGUAAAAAGCAAACAAACGCUUUUCCCAGCAACUAAUUGAUUUCAAUAAAAGAUGAGAGAAUUCGCUGGAAGGCUGUUAUUUUUUUUUUUUUCUCCCAGUUCUGUGUGGCCCAAACUUUGCUAUUUUAUUUUGAAUAAACUAGAAACUUUUUUUUAA